ACCCGAAUUCGCUUAGCGAGCAACCACACCUUACCGGAUUCGGACGGUGCAACCACAACCCAAACCGUAGUCUCCAAUCCAAGUCAUCCACCGUCACCCCUUCCUCAUCACCAUCCCAUCCAUUUAGGAGAGGCCGAAUACCUACAUCGUAUAGGUUUCUGCCUUGCUCGUCGCCUUCCGCCCUUUUUUCGCACCGAAUUGCUGCGAUAACGGAGAGCCUUCCCCGGAAGGCCCCUCAUAAAACCAGGCGUCAUGGCCGACGUCCGGUCCAAGAACCUUUACGAGCUUCUUGGCAAUGAUCCCGAGUUAGACCCCAACAGACCCCCCGCUCCUCCCACGAAAGCGAUCGAUAAGCCCGCGCAGCGUGUCGGUAAGAGGGACGCUCCCAAGGAGGCUCCCAGCACUCAGCCCCGUGCCGGCCAGAACUCUCGCCGUGGUAACAACGUCUCUGGCAAUGAGGCCGCUUUCCGUGACCGCAACGCUGGUCGCAACCAGAACCGUGAGAAGCCCACUGAGGAGGGUAACCAGGGCUCUCGCCGUGGUGGACGUGCCCCCCGUCAUGACCGCCAGUCCCGCACCGGCCAGACCGAUACUGGAAAGAAGGUGAACCAGGGCUGGGGUGGCCAGAGCGGCGAGAAGGAAUGGGCCGAUGAGCGCGCCGGUGAGAAGAUCGCCCAGACCGACGAGAACGAGCCCCAGACUCCCGCUGAGGAGGCCCAGGAGCCUGCUGACAAGGCCAAGUCGUACAAUGACUACCUUGCUGAGAAGGCCGCCGCUGGCGACUUCAGCGCCAAGCCCGUCCGUGCCGCCAACGAGGGCACCAAGGCUGAUUCCAAGUGGGCCGCCGCUAAGGAAUUCAAGCGUGACGAGGAAGACGAGGAGUAUAUCAAGGCCAGCACUGACAAGGCUAAGCGCGAGAAGGCUCGCAAGGAGAAGAACUACCUUGACGUCGACAUGCGCUUCGUCGAGUCUCCUCGUGGCACCAGCGGCCCUCGCGGCCGUGGAGGCCGUGGCGGACGUGGUGGCCGUGGUGGCCGUGGCAACGGUCCUCGCGGUGAGCGCGCCGCUCCUGUCACCGUGGACGAGAAGAACUUCCCCACCCUUGGCGGCAAAUAAGUACUGUCAGUCUGAUAGUAAAGGAGGGGUAAUCUACCGGCGCACCUCUUACGCUGGUCUCUUGAAAGGUUGAAAACGGAAAAGAGUCUUAAAAGAAACCCUUACGAU